AUGUCCCAAGGCCGAGGCCUCAAGAGAGGCAGCGAUGAGAGUAGAUUCCGCAGUGGCUGCCACUGGUUCAGGACUCAGCCCAGACCCCUGUCGCCCUUGACACAGUUGGAGCCAGAGAGCUCAGUCCUGGUCCUGGAAGAACAGCAGCUGGUCCAUGAAGACCCCAGCCCUGCCUUCACCAUUGAGGGGCAGGUGGGCCCUACUACUGAGGGCCAGAGCAGGCCCGAAAUGCUUAUGACCAGCUGGGGGUCUGGGGAACCAGGGACCUUGAGUGGCCGGAGAUGGAGUCCUCCCCAGAAGCCCAUCAGGUUCCGCAGACCUCCAUCCUGGAAGCUGCUCAAUCAGCAAAGGUGGAUUGCACUUCGCAACUCCUUCCUGGAGCCCACCAGGUUCUGCAAGAGGUUCCCAAUGUGUGAUGCCUACCUGGAGCACCAGGCCCAUGUGAAUCACACCGGGCCAGAGGACCUGCAGCCCCAGGGGGCAGAGCCCAAAGCAUGGGCCCAGGAGGCAGAGGAGACUCCUGUAGUAACACCUGAAGUCCAUCUCGAGAUGUUUGAGGCAGAGCUGGAGGCAUGGGCACCUCCAGAGGUCCUGCCACCUCCAGCAGCCACUCCAACUGCAGCUGUGGAGCCAGGCCGGCCUGGGAAACACUUGCAGACAUGACUGAGGCCCCACCACCCCUGGAUGAGGAGCCCUCCCUGGAACCUGCCCAGGGUCCUGCCUCAGAGGAGGAGCUGCCUCCUGAAA